GUUCGCUAUUAUGAGUAUACUUUUGAUCUAUUGAGGAUCGUGUCCACUGAUACUACUUUAUGUGGAGGCACUGAGGAAAGAAAAAGCUUAUCUUGGCUUUCUGUACUAAAUCUCUAUUCACUUGUGUGGGUUAGCAAUGUUGAAAAAGCUAAAGCAGGGCAUAUUGCCAGUUUAUCCUUAUAA